AUGGCGUCUAUUAUCAAGUCUGCCGCUCGCCCUUCCGGUCUCAGACUCGCUGCCGCCUCUCAUCCGCUCAGAUGCAUUACUACCGCCGACCGAACUUUUAUCAGACGAAAGGCUACUCUCCCCGACUUGUCCUAUGACUAUGGCGCGCUCGAACCAGCCAUCUCUGGCAAGAUCAUGGAGCUCCACCACAGCAAGCACCACCAGACCUAUGUCAACUCUUACAACGAUGCAGCGGACAAGUUCGCCGCAGCCGAGGCAAGCGAUGAUGUCAAGGCCAAGAUUGCCCUGCUUCCACUCGUCAACUUUCAUGGCGGUGGUCACAUCAAUCACAGUUUAUUUUGGGAGAAUCUAGCACCCAAGAACAGUGGUGGCGGCGAGCCUCCCACUGGCGAUCUGGCAAAGGCCAUUGACGCCUCCUUUGGAGGCUUGGAAGAGCUCAAGAAGAAAUUCAAUGCUGCUCUGGCUGGUGUUCAAGGCAGUGGCUGGGCAUGGUUGGUCAAAGAUACUCAGACCGGUAACAUUUCCAUCAAGGCAUACGCCAAUCAAGAUCCCGUCAUUGGGCAGUUCAAACCGUUGCUAGGUAUUGAUGCCUGGGAACAUGCUUACUACUUACAAUACCAGAAUCGCAAGGCCGAAUAUUUCAGCGCGGUUUGGGAUGUCGUUAAUUGGAAGGCUGCCGAGAAGAGGUUCUCUAGCUAA